AUGACCGACCGAGCCUCGUACCUCAAUCACUCCGCAAGUGGCCGGACCAUAUUCCCCAAAGGGCCAGUCUUUACACUCGACAACUUCUCCUCGAAAGACUUCAUUGUCAAGGACUUCAUAGAAAGCCUGACCGAGUCUGCACAGACCGGUAGCCGCAGGUCAAAUCAGGGCACGACACCCAGUGCGCAGUUUGAUCCCAAGCCACUGAUCAGGUCGUUCGAGCAAGCGGCACGGCGCCUGAACGAGCUGUCGGAAGACCUCGAGGGCAAAGAGAAUGAGCUCACUACGGCGGUACGGAGGGCCGAGGCCAACCACACCAACAAUGUGGAACAGCUGGGCCGGAAGUUGAAUCAGACGAUUGAGAGUUUCAACAAAUUGGACACGAGCUUGUCAGAACGAGGGGACAAAUGGGGUGGCAAUAUGGCUGUCGAGACGGGAAAGAAGCUAGAAGAUCUGGAUCGGCAAAGGAAACGUGCUAUGGACGCCCACUUCCUGAUUGAGUGCUGGGACGAAGUCAGCAACAGAGGCGAGAUCACGCUGCUGGAGAAUCUACGGCGGUCGGCAACGGGCGAGGGCAUCAUCAGGCUGCCAACAUCGCCCGCCAACUGCUGCGGAUCAGUCAAAGGAAAACGGGAGAUCAACUCCCGAGAGGUCAUCGAAAAGUUCAUCGAGACCCUGGAGAACGACAUGCUAAAACUGUUCGACGACUUCUACAGGCGGCAGAAUUUCGAGGAAAUGAAGAAUUGCGCCAUCAUCCUGCAGGACUUCAAUGGCGGUGCCUCAGUACAAGCAGCAUUUGUGAACCAGCAUCAGUUCUUCAUCGACCGGACCAAUCUGAUCACAGAAGAGAUUGCUGUAGAUCAAGAAACGUGGAUGAGACUAUCUGACCCUGACGGCGAGCUGCCAGGCAUCGAGCCUGGUCUGCAGUCCCUUAUAGACGAGGUCAAAGUCGUCAUCCAAGAGGAGUCUGCCAUCAUCAAACGUGCCUUCCCCUUCCCCGAACAAGUCCUCGGAAAAUUCAUUCAGCGCGUCUUCCAGCAGUCAAUACAACAACGGCUUGAGCUCGUUCUGGAAAAGGCCGACUCAGAAUCCACACUCGCGUACCUACGAUCGUUACAAGCCGCAAGAGGCUACCUGAAUGUCCUAGUCGAAGACCUCAAAGCCCACGGCCUACUCGACCAUCCCGAGACGGCCUCGUCCCAGACCUCCCACCUCCUCGACCAACAACUCGAAGAACUCUUCACACCCUACUUUGGCGGAUCCGCUACAUCGACAAAGAAAAGUCCAACCUCUCUGAGCUAUACAAGUCCCUUCUUUUCAAAUUCGACCUUUUCCACUCCCGUCGCCAAAAAGAACCCAAAACAUACCUCGCCUCCCUCCGCAACCGCGGCCAAGAACUUCUCGCCUCCGCCCAAAAUGUCGCCCACCCAACGCCGUAUGCUGCUCUCCGUCGCCGGCAUCAAAGACUCCAAAACGCAACAGAACGGCGAAAUCGAACUCACUGAGACCGACGGCCGCCUUUCCGUCCCUUACGCGCAACGCAUGCUCAAAUGGCUGGCCGAAGGUGUGCGCCGCGGCCUCGAGCUCUCCGGCGGCAACGAGACGCCCAAAGACGUGCUCGCGCUGCACACCCUCCUCUUGACGAACAUGGGCGAACGGUAUAUUGAGCUCGCUCUCGACGCAGCCGCUGAAGCGGCUUCCGCUGCCGAGUCCUCAAAACGCGAGCCUGACCUGAGCUACCUCGCCCACUUGCGCACCGCUGUCUCCUGCAUGCACCUCAUGCAGUCCUGCAUCAAUACGCUCCUCAUCCCACUAGCAUCCACGUCCCUAACCAUACGCCGCGACAUGGAGAAAUCCCGCCGCGCCGCCAUCGCUCGGGGCGAGGACACGAUCAACAACAUCGAGCAGGCCACCGUCGACGCUGUCCUGAACUGGGUCGGGCGCUGCUUGGGUGGACAACAACGCACGGAUUUCCGACCGAGGCCGGAACAAGAGACUGAUGCAAUGAACAGACCCCAAACGCAGACUUGCGCGGAUAUCAUUCGCUUCUUGGGCGCUGGACCAUCAGGUUUUCAGGGUUUGGCGGAGCAGUCCCUUGAUGGCGCCAAUCUCAAAGUCUUGCUAUCGGAAGUCGCCGUCGCGUACGCAGUUACUUAUCGACAUUUCCGGAAAUGGCAGGUCAGUGAAGUUGGCGGCGUGGUGCUAGCACGAGACAUGUCCCGAUACGUAGAUCUUCUGAGGGGAUGGAAGCUAGGAGAGGAGUUCACGGUGGGAUUGGAGGUGUUGACGGAGCUGGCGAGUUUGUUCGUGUUGAAGCCCGAGGCGCUUAAGGAGCGGAUCAAGGGCGGGAGUGGUGCUGCUGGGGAGGCGAGUGGGUUGAGGGGCGUGCGGAAGGAGGAGAUUAGGCCGUAUCUUCUGAGGAGGGAGGAUUAUGAUAGUGUGGGUAUGGUUAGUCUGUUGAGCUCUUUGUAG